CCCGCCCAAGCCGCCGCCAGCCAACCCCGACCGAAUCAGCAUGAGCCUCGUGACGCGCGUGUUCGCCCCCCUCCGCCCCGCGGCCCGCCUGGCCGCGCGCAGCUUCGCCUCCACGGGCGGCAUCCCAGACGACCUCGAGCACGCCGUGGGCCGCGAGCGCCAGGAGCUGGAGGCCGCCGAGAUCGGCGUGACGCAGUUCAACCGCGACCCGCUCGAGACGGAGGAGACGCAGGGCAACUCGAAGGACGACCCGAUCCUCGUGCCGUCCUUCAACGACGUGCGCACCGUCGGCGUCGCGCACAACGACGCGUCGUACGUCUACUGGUUCAACAUGGAGAAGGGCAAGGUGCACUACCUGCCGCAGAUCGAGAAGUACUUUAUGCUGUACAACCCGGAGGAACUCGCCAAGCUCGUCAAGGAGGUGGAGGCCAAGCAGCAGUAAACCGCCUUUUCAUUGUUGGCAGAUAAACCCCCAAGGUGGAAGGAAGCCCCAGGAUGGAUCUGACGUCCGGACUCCCCUCUCUUCCCACUCGCUGUCGCGUCGACUCCCUCGCCUCCCCUGGCCCUCCGCCCCUUUCAAGCGAGACUAUUAGUCGCUUUGAGAGAGAAAGAGACAGAGCAGAAGAACGAUGAAGAUGCCGAUGAAGAGGAAGGAAGAGAGAGGCAAAACUCUUGUGUGACAAAUGAAAACCCCACAGAAAAAUGAUAA